GCGUCGCGGCGCGCGCGCGCGCUCAGUCGCGGUCGCGAUGCGGCGCCCCCAGCAGCUGCCUGCGCGCGCGCUCGCCUGGCCCUGGCCGUGGUCGUGGCCGCAGGCGCAGCCGGCCGCCGCCCCCGCCGCCUCUGCCGCCCCCGCCGGCCUCGGCGCCGCCACCGCCUCCGCCGCCGUCGUGCUCGUGCUGCUCGCCUCGCUCAGCCUUCUGCCCGCAGCCGCCGCCGCCUUCUCAGGCCGCAGCUCGGCGCAGCCGCAGUACAAGCGCUACAGCGGGCUGCGCGCCAGGCAGGACUCGCUGCUGCGGCUGGUGCACCACGAGCAGACGGUCGCGAUCAUAGAGCUCGCCUCGCCGUCCGGCCCGCUGCUCAGCUGCGAGCUCAUCGAGGUCUACAGGCCAAUUGAUGCGAAGGGAGCGCUAGCGUCGCUUUCUGAACUGGCUGUUCCUGAAGAAGUGAGAUUCUGGGAGAUGAAACAGUUGAUGAACGAAUGUGAAACGUUGCCACCACCGCCACAAGCAGCGUUAAACGGGUCUCUGAAAGCUCUGUCGUUGUCACCCGAGUCCGAGGCGACAGGCCGAAGCAUCUCCAAGGCUACUCACACACUCCUCAGCGGCGUCGUACCAGGUACAAAGUGGUGUGGAGCAGGGGACAUUGCAGAGACGUACCACGAUCUGGGCAAUGACAGUGAGGUGGACAGAUGCUGCCGCAGCCAUGACCUCUGCCCCGUGAAAGUGCGUGCCUUCCGCAAGCGCUACAAUCUCACUAAUCUUUCUGUCUACACAAAGUCACACUGUGAUUGUGAUGCAAUGUUGUAUGGGUGCCUGAAAGCAGCUAAUUCAACCACAGCUGCACUGUUGGGACGAGUGUACUUCAACGUCCUGCGUGUACCUUGUAUAGAAGAGCAAGCAUGUUUAGUUGAGUCCUGCAAACCAAGACGCCGAUUCAGGUCUCCAAGACGGCAGUUCUGAAAAAAGAGAGUUAAGAGCUUGGUCUACUAAUCAGUGCAUGGAAAAAAACAUGCAAAAUACUUUGUGAUUUGAAAAAAAAAUAUCAUCACUAUGAAGAACUUCAGCCAUUGAAAUAGAUUUUAUGGUAUAAUAUAUAUGCGGAUACCACUAGACUAUUAUUUAAAGUGUCCUGAAUAAUAAAGAAAAUUGGAGAUAAAUGAUUACCACAUUCUUUCACUUAUUCUAAGCUUUGGCGAGGUAAUGUAAAAAAGUCUUUAUUAGUGGUGGUUUUCAGACACACUUAUUUCAGAAAGCUACAAAAGUUUCAUAUAUUUUAUCAAUGUUUU